AUGGUCUCAUCCCGUCACAAUAUUGGUGCCAGUCGACGGAGAAGGAGGGACGAGGAAGGCGAGGAUGAUGCCUCUCUUGAGGGGGAAUUGGAGGACGACUCGAUGAGCGAAGGAUCAGUCAUCAGUCAUCCGGACGAAGAUGAUGCUGAUGGCGAGGGAAGUGAUGAGAGCGAUGCGGAGACGACUUCAUCGCCGCGUGUCGACAGGAUCAACGGCCACCAAGUCAACAGUCGUAUACCCGAGAGCAGCCAGCAGUCUCGACGACGCCAUUCUGCGUCUCCUGGGAAAGCACUCUUAGCUACUGCUGUAUCUGAUACGGAGGCUAUGAUGAAUGGGCUGACGAUCUCCGAUCAGACGAGCGAGGUUGCUGAGAUCCACUUUGACGAUCUGAAGGGAGAGAGUCGUCAACAGACAGGCAGGACGCCCUCGGCACCACCGACAGAAACUAAGCGGGAAACCUUUGCGGAACGGAAACGACGCGAACACGAGAAAUAUGCGAAAGAGAGGGAUGAAAACCCAGCCUUUGUUCCCACUCGAGGAAGCUUCUUCCUCCAUGACAAGCGUUCAACAGAGUUGGGAGCGAAUGGUUACCGGCCGUUCAACAAGUCCAAGUCGAGACCAUACGGCCUCAUCGUCGACGGCAAUGUUCGCAGGUCCUCUAAGACGGAUGCUAGUGAGGGGCAGUGGACACACGAUUUGCAUGAGACAGUGGCAGGCGAUGAUGCACCAUCCAACAAGUCUGCUGCUGCACCAGUCGCCGUGUCGAACUUUGCCCCCAAGCCUGUCCCCACUGCUCCUCGAUCCGCCCCUCCCAACAGGUCAUUCUCAAGCACCACUCUUAUUGGGAACGUACCUGUGGUAGUCUUUCUGCCAGGCAUGGCUCGGCCGGUGCCUUUCCCCGCUGUAUCAAAGAAGCAACACACCCGACUCCCUCACCACCGUCCUCCUCUACGCCGAGACAAGCCCGUGCGCAUCUCAGUCCCUGGGCAGUCUCCAAGGUACAUAUUCCCUUCGAUAGAGCGCUCCUUCAUCUUCAUCCCACGGGCAUUGAGACCCAACCAGCAAGGAUAUCGGGGGAGGGGCCGAGGUGGAUUCUAUGGAGGACGGCGUCCAAGUAUAUACGCGAGCUCUGUGUACACUCCAAGUGUCACUGCUAGCCGCAGAUCAUCGUUAGGAAAGGCAGCGUCUCAAGAGGGGUUUCCCUCGCCGGCCGCUUCUGUUAUAUCGAGACACACAGUGAUCACGACGGAGAAUGGUAAGCCCGUUGUGCGUCUGCCUCCCUCUGCUCGACCCCUUGGGGGUGUGCCUCCAGCAAGCGUCGCUGCAGGCCCAGGAGCUGUGAUCGCACCAGUGGCACCGCCUAUGCCUUUCCCACAGCCUCAGCAUCCCUCGUACCGCGAGAGCCGUCCCGCGCCCAUUCCCAUGCAUCAACCUCGUCCGCAAAAAACAGUCUCCGUCGCUGAUAUCGAAACCCCUGCAUCCCUCUCCUUCAACGUUCCUCAGCCACAGCAAGAACAACCUUUCCAACAUCAGGUCCCUGUGCCUAUCAAUGCUUCUAUCUACGGUGCGGAUGCUUCGGGCCAUCCUUCUCACACUGCCCAUGCCUCUGUGACGCCGUCGUCCCACAUCCCCGAGCGUGCCAUUCAUGCUCAACCUUUCCAACCCUACGGCUUCCAACAAGCUCAGCCAUUCUAUCCCACCGCUUACCCUCCUGGUGCAGUGUACUACCCGGUGUCUGGAGCAGAAUAUCCGUCCUAUAAUGGAGCCGGGAUGCCCGGGCCAUCGGCCGUGCCGUAUCCUCCUCCGGGGCAGCACGCUCCUUUUGUGGUUCCAGGAUCAUCCGCAGACCAGGCCCCGCAACCCGGCACCGUUGCGCAUGAGGCGGGUGGUACAGUGUAUUUCUAUGAUGCUGCGCAAAUGUAUCCGAACGGAUCGUACUCGAUGCCUUCUGCACCUGGACCUGGUGGUGUCAUUGGCAUGGGCGGAAUGAUGACACCUCCUGGCACAACGUACUUCUAUCCUCAGCCUCAGGGAGGUGUCUACUAUGCGCCACAGUGA